AUGGCCUGCCUGGAGGACUUCAUAUCUCAAGGCAACAGUCACUUCUACACGGUGAAGUGUAGUUUUGUGACUCCUGCUCAGAAGAUCAUCUUCUUAUCAAAAGCUGUGUGUGUGUGUCCUCCUAUGGCUUGUAAUGCCAUACACACGACUAUCACCAUACCAGAAUUUCCAAGGAAGUUAAGGUCUCUGAACAUUGAAAAUAGGAAUACCCCUCUGAAUCAACUUCAUGAUAACAAGAUCAACAGAGAAGCAACAAGCAGCAAAACUCUCCUCAAAACCAAGUUCUCGGAAAAAUGCCUAUUCAAUCAGUUGUUCUUCACUAGGCUGACCUUUUAUUUCCAAUGGGAUAUGGUAUCCAUGGUCCUUGACCCCGAACAAAUUGCUUGUCCUUGCUCUCUAAUUGCAGGGUUAUUGUGUCCCCAGGAUGGGUUGAUGGGCUUUGAAGUCUACAGCCAUCAAACAAAACCAGCUCUCAACUUGAAUAUUCUAAGGAUGGGAAAUUCAUGCUGCCAGCCCAUGUUGAAAGUUGAGUUGGGAGCUGUACAAUUUUACAUACCCCUGAAUGGAUGUGGAACCAGACUUAAGGUAGUCAUCUACAAAAAUGAAAUACAUGCUCCAAGCAAAAUAUGCAGAGACAGCAAAUUCAGAAUGACAGUGAAGUGCUAUUACAAAAGAGACAACAUAAUGCUGAAUGCCCAUGUCCUCAACCUGCCUGCUCUACUGGCCUUUGUGAAGCCAAGUCCACUUGUGUUGAUUCUUCAAACUUACCCAGACGAGUUCUACUGACAAGCUUAUAGGAGGAAGGAGUACCCCAUGGUGAAGUACCUCCGCCAACUAAUCUACCUGGAAGUCAAAAUUCUCAGUAGGGCGGACCCCAACAUAAAGCUGGUCUUGGAUGACUGCUAGGCAACAUCUAAAGAGGAUCCAGCCUCUCUCCUCAAGUGCUGCAUUGUGGUGGAUGGCUGUGAAUAUAACCUGGACAACUAUCAAACCCCCUUCCAUCCCAUUGCAUCCUUGAUGGCCCAUCGUGAUCACUACCAGAGGUUUGAUGUGAAGACCUUUGCCUUUGUGUCAAAGGCUUGGGGACUUGCUACCCUAGUCUACUUCCACUGCAGCGCAUUAAUCUAUAAUCGCCUCUCUUCUGACUCACCUCUGUGUUCAGUGACUUACCCUGCCUCACCAAGGGCCAAACGAGCCACAGGAACCACUGAAGAGGACAAAAUAACAGUCAGUCUCCCAGGACCCAUUCUCCUGUUAUUGGGUGGCUCUUCACUCCGAGAUGUUGAAGAUUCCAGAACUCACAAGAUUGCUGGAGAUGUUGCUUCUAAAAUAGAGGCUGCCUGA